AUGACUGAACAAGACAAUGAAGUGAUACUUAAUAUUCCCCAUGGAGAAGAGCAUAAUGAGCCAAACAAUGUGCACGAGGUCGAAGUUGAGGUGCAUAAUAAUGAAGUUGCAGUGGAUGACAUACAUAGUGAAAAUGAAAUUAAUGAGGUGAUUGAAGAUGACCAAGUGAAUAAGGAAGACAGUGAUGUUUGUGCGCAGAAUGAAUGUCAAGAACACUCGCUUAGAGCUGGUGGUGAUUUUAAUAAUCAUCAUGAGACCGGCCAGAGUGAAAAGAGAAAGAAGUAUGACAUGAGCACACGAAGUGGCACUGUGACUGACAGUGAUGAUACUCAGAGGGCCCCUGAUUUCACUGAUAGACGUGGUCCUCAGAGAAAAGCUAAGGCUUCGUUUCAACAAUACAAUGUUGGCGCACCUCUUGAGAGGUUUCUGUGUGUGCCUUGCGGCAAUGUCACAUUUGUGAGGGAGAACCUGGCACAUAGACACGUAACAGAGUGGCACGGAAUGUUCCGAUACCAAUGUACCUAUUGCAAAAAGUCCUUUGCUAGAAAGGUUCUCAGCCAUGCUCCUUGCAGAAAAGUACGUCCAGAGGACUUUACCAUCAUGGACCAACAUGGUAAUAGGCACAACGCGUUUGAACGUCUGCAAGAUUGGAAAAGAAAGAAUUUACCAAGAAUGGUUAGACAAGUCCCAAAUGGAUACAUCAAGCACCUUACGGAAGUCGAUGAAACCUACAAUAAGGCCCCGGCACCAAACACUGUCGAUUUAAGAAACCAACUGAACAACAUUCCAGACCUGUCCGAUAUCAGUGAGGUAGACGUAAUGUCGCCACCUCGAACGAACAAAGAUUCUCAGGAGGAUGACGAGGAAACUUCAUCAUCAUCAAGUUCAUCCUCACAAUCAUCAAACUCUUCAUCAUCAUCUUCAUCAACAGCCUCCUCAUCCCAUUCCUCAGCAAGUCCAGAGCCUGAAGAUCUAACAACUAAGGAUACAGAUAGUUCUGCAAGUGACGCUCUUGAUCUUAGAGUAAUAAAAGUCAGUAAAUCAAUUCCAGCAAACAUGACCCCAGUGAAAAACGACAUGGGUGACGUCUUAAGUGUCAAUGAAAACACAACAGAUCUGAUAGGUGAAGAACAGAUAACUUUAAAUGUUGGAGGAACAAUAUUCAUAACAACCAGAAAAACUCUGAUGGCCUUUCCAUCAUUGUUAGCAAGAAGGGCAGAGUCAAACGAAACAGCCAUCUUUAUAGACCGUGAUCCUGCUCAUUUCAGAUUCAUUUUGAAUUACCCCAGAAAUAAAAAUGUUGAUUUGAAAACACUCCCAGGGGACAUCCGGUACCUUUGGGAAAUGUUCUAUGAAGCAAAAUAUUAUGAACUGGAUGGUUUUAUCCAAGCCGUAGAAGCUCACAUUAGGAAUGUGAUGGCAAAACAUCAUUACAAAUGAAUCUGUGUCAUGUGAAAUGAAAAGUCAAGUGGAUUUAAUUAACGCAAUAUUAAUAAAUUGUGUUUAGGAUUCCAAGUGACAGAGUGAAACCACUCAUUCUUUAAUGAAUACUUGUUUUUAUAAUAUGUUUCUCAAACAAAUAGGUUUAUACUAGGUUCAUUAGUGUCGGGGGAAAUUGUGCUCAUUGUCAGGUUGAUGCCAGUUUUCAAUUUUAAAUAUAAUUUAGGAAUCUUUAU